GCUACGGAUAAAAUCUUCCUGCCCUCGCGUGCCGCGUCGUGUUUGCUUGCGCCUUCCUUCUCACGCGGCUCGAGGCGCGCGGUCCAAGGGAUCAAGAAUGAGCACGAGGCUAGGAGGAGCGCCCUGCGGCUGCUUCGGCUUCACCCGGCUGCCGCUCCCCGCCGCUAGGCUCCGGUUGCCGCCUGCUCGCGCCGCGGACACCUCCGCCUCCCAGUCGCCGGCGCGGCUGAGAGGGGUGCUGGAGCAGGUGGACGAGGCGCUAAGCAAGGGGAACGACGAGGCCGCGCUCUUCCUCGUGCACGGCUCGCAGGGGGAGGACGGCGGGCUCCGGGGCUUUGGCGCCGCGAGGCAGGUACCUCAACGACUUUAUAAAUUGGAUGAACUUAAGCUAAAUGGGAUUGAUACUUCUGCUUUCCUAUCGCCCGUGGAUCUGACAUUGGGAUCAAUCGAGAGAAAUCUCCAAAUUGCUGCAGUUCUCGGAGGGCUUUCUAUAUCAGCUGCAUUAGAGAUUUCUCAGCUCCAAAUCCUGUUUCUUGUACUAGGUCUAUUGUCUUUGUGGUCUGUGGACUUUGUAUAUUUUGGUGGAGGGGUGAGAAACUUGAUUCUUGACACAAUUGGACACUAUCUUAGCCAGAAGUAUCACAACAGAGUUAUUCAGCAUGAAGCUGGUCACUUCCUGAUAGCAUACUUGCUUGGUGUGCUUCCAAAAGGAUAUACAAUUACAAGCUUGGAUACACUUAUCAAGCAAGGAUCGCUUAACGUUCAAGCUGGAACAGCUUUUGUGGACUAUGAGUUCCUUGAAGAGAUCAAUACAGGCAAGCUAUCUGCCACGAUGUUGAACAAGUUUUCAUGCAUAGCACUAGCUGGAAUCGCAACAGAGUAUCUUCUGUAUGGAGUUGCAGAAGGAGGAUUAGCUGACAUCAACAAGCUUGAUGGUUUGCUCAAGAGUUUGGGUUUCACCCAGAAGAAAGCUGAUUCACAGGUGAGAUGGGCUGUGCUGAAUACUGUUCUCAUGCUGCGGCGCCAUGAAAAGGCUAGAUCGCAGCUUGCAGAAGCAAUGUCUUCUGGGAAGUCAGUAGGCACUUGCAUCGAAGUCAUAGAAGGGAAUAUAAACACUGACGAUAUUUAAUACGGAUGUGAUUAAUAGUGCAUACUAAUGUUCGUGGCCUCUAUAGGCCGUCCAUUGUAUCAAUGGGCAUCUAGGUUUAGACCGUCAUCAACAACAAUCAAGGAUAAUAAGGAGUUUAUUCUACAUAUUAGUGUUUCUUGGUCUGCACUCAGAUGAUAGUGAUAGAACUCAGAGGAACGAAUUUGUUUUCA